AUGAAAUCUCGGGUUGUUUUUAUCUCCCUGUUGCUGCUGUUGUGUUUUCAAUGUAGUCAUGGGUUGGGCUCCGGUGAGUCUGGUACGGCUGUAGUUCCGUCUCCAGACCGAUCCGCCGACGGUGCUGACCUGCGCUCGUCCGUGGGUACCAUGGUGGGCACGCACUUCGCGAUGUUACAUCAGGGAAACACAGACCAGGUUAGUGAGAUACACUACAUGACCAAAUAUGGAGUUGCUCCCCCCUUUGCUGCUAUAACAGCCUCCACUCUUCUGGGAGGGCUUUCCACUAGAUGUUUGAACAUUGCUGCAGGUACUUGCUUCCAUUCAGCGACAAGAGCAUUAGUGAGGUCAGGCACUGAUGUUGGGCGAUGAAGGCCCUUUCCUGAAACAGGAAAGGGCCUUCCCAAACUGUUGCCACAAAGUUGGAAGAUCAGAGUCGUCUAGAAUGUCAUUGUAUGCUGUAGCGUUAAGAUUUCCCUUCACUGGAACUAAGGGGCCUAGCCCAAACCAUGAAAAACAGCCACAGACCAUUAUUCGUCCUCCACUAAACUUUACAGUUUGCACUAUGCAUUGGGGCAGGUAGCUUUCUCCUGGCAUCCGCCAAAACCCAGAUUCGUCCGUCGGACUGCCAGAUGGUGAAGCGUGAUUCAUCACUCCAGAGAACGCGUUUCCACUGCUCCAGAGUCCAAUGGCAGCGAGCUUUACACCACUCCAGCCGACAUUUGGCAUUGCGCACGGUGAUCUUAGGCUUAUGUGGGCUGCUCGACCAUGGAAACCCAUUUCAUGAAGCUCCCGACGAACGGUUAUUGUGCUGACGUUGCUUCCAGAUGCAGUUUGGAACUCGGUAGUGAGUGUUGCAACCUAGGAUAUAUUAUUUUUUACAGGCUAUGCACUUCAGCGGUCUCGUUCUGUGAGCUUGUGUGCUACCACUUCGCUGCUGAGCCGUUGUUGCUCCUAGACGUUUCCACUUCACAAUAACAGCACUUACAGUUGACCGGGGCAGCUCUAGCAGGGCAGAAAUUUCAUGAACUGACUUGUUGGAAAGGUGGCAUCCUAUGACAGUGCCACAUUGAAAGUCACUGAGCUCUUCAGUAAGGCCAUUCUACUGCCAAUGUUUGUCUAUGGAGAUUGCAUGGCUGUGUGCUCGAUUUUAUACAUCUGUCAGCAACGGGUGUGGCUGAAAUAGCCGAAUCUACUAAUUUGAAGGGGUGUCCACAUUAUUUUGUAUAUAUAGUUUAUCUAAUUAGAUUUCAACCAUAAGUCUCAGUCUUUGUAACUCAGUUUUCUCUGACAAGUGCCCCUUGAAAUGUCUCUUCUUCUGACAAAAUCAUGUUGAUUUGAUUAGCCAUAUUUGGUGAUGUUGUGCAAUAGGCUAACUACCGAACUGGGCAACUCUUCAAGUAGCUGAGGAACGCUCUACUCCGUUCUCUUAUAUACAGGCGGAGUUGAGUAUUGAUAACUGGAGGCGCGAUUUGCUAGCAACAACAUUGAGUCACCAUCAAUUGAUACUUGUAAAAAUGUCAAUUCUGAAAACGCUUACCUGUACCUAUGUUUGUCCUGUACAACUGCGGUCCUUCUGGGGGGUGCUGAAAUUCAUACUUUUAAUAAAAACUUUUAUCGAAUACAACCACCGACCUUUUCCUUAUUUGUGUUGCUCAACUGGAGACAUAGCGGCCUUGACAUACUACGUAAACGGAGAUCAAAUUGGCACAAACUCGUUUGCGUUGAGCAACAAAUGAAGAAGUCGGUGGUUGUAGUCGAUACAAGUUUUUAUUAAAAGUAUGAAUUUCCGCAGUUGCACAGGACAAACGUAGGUACAGGUAAGUGUUUUCAGAAUUAUUGACUGAUUAUGAUUCAAUGUUGUUCCUAGCAAAUCUCGCAACCAGUUAUCAAUACUCAAUUCUGCCUUGAUUUAAGAGAACUGAGUUCAACGUUCCUCAGCUACUCUUCCAAGUAGCAUAACUCACUUGAUCGUGAUUGGUGUAUAUGAGCAAACUUUCUUUUUUAAAUUGACAUUUUGAGUGCAUCUCAAUAAUCUAGAAUAGCUCGCCCCUUUUCUUUAUCUGAACAAAGUAAAUCCACCUAUAUUGUUUUCACCUGCACAAUAGAGUACCACAGUAUGAGUCAUAAUACCCAUAAAACCUAGCAGUCAAACAAGGAAAUGGUUCCAAUUGUUUUUUCCACCAUUCAUUUUUCCCAUAGGGGAUGUUAGAAACACUUAAAAUAAGGGCUGUGUUUCGUGUAGGCUUACCCUGGCAUGACGUUUUGAUAACCGUGUAAAUCUCUCUAGGACAAGGUGAUUUAUCAAUAUAUUCGCCUGAAUUUACCCCCCCAAAAUGAAAUGCUAAUUAGCUGCUAAUGUGGCUAUCAUAAAGAACUACAAAUACCAUGAUGAUCUGGACGAGACUGCCGAAUCGCGGCAAAGGUAAAAUCUCUGGAUGAACUAUCUUAUGUUAGUUAAAUUUAGUAAUGAAUAAAUUGGCUACAUUUCUUUAAAUUGACAAUUUCUGUGAACUGUCAUGUGCAAGUUUUAAAUUGACACAAUACCUGUUAGCAAAGGUAUCAGCUAGAGAUGACGUGCAGGAGCUUGCAUGGAGAUUUACAUGGUUAUCAAAACGUAAUGCCAGUGUAAGCCUACACAAAACACAACCCUUAUUUGAAAUGUUUCUAAAAUUCCCUAUAGGAAAAAUUAAUGGUGGAAAAACGAUUGUUUGACCGCCAGGUUUUAUGGGUAUUAUGACACCUCCACUGAGGGGUUGGUUGUUUAGCAACAAAACGACGCGUGCGCAGCUAGGGGCAAAACAGACGGGGUUGGCUUAGAUUGUUGACAACAUGUAAACAUGUUGUAAACAUUAUGUAAACAUCUCCAAUGUUUAUUGAAAACAUUAAUAAAGUUGCACAAUGAGCACUUGUCUCUCAAAUAUAUCAUUACAGUUAGUUAGCUAGCUAGUGAAUUUUUGCCAUUUUAGCAUAGACAUGACAUCAGUCAAAACACCUCAAAACAAUAUAAAACUAGCUGAAACAAGCCACUUAUGAUUCCCCACAUUGCAGUGUCUUGUCAUUGUUGCAAGCUACUGUAUCUGACCAUCUAGAAUUCACAACAACACUAGGCCUUCUGCCCCAUUGAAGCGCUGCAUCGUUUUCAUUAGGUUCUCAGCUAACCCAUCUGUGUUGAGCUCAGUGUGAGAGAUGAUGGUUGCCAGUAUUGAGAUUUAACCAUUAGUUAUUUGAAAGCUUCUCUGUCCUCCAGUGUGAUGUAUUGAUUAAGUGUGUGUGUGUGCAUGCGUGUGUCUUUCAGUGUGCUGUAGUGAUGAACCUGAGUGCUGCUGAUCGCUGUGCGUUUGUGAAGACCACCCCAGACUGCAGUAUGGAAGACAGCUUCAUCAACUACCUCAAGAUGGUCUUCUGUCUACUACCACCCAACCUCACACCCCUCACCAUCACAUUCUGUGUAAGCGUGUGCACGCCUCAGAACAUUAUUACAUGCAUUAUUACAGGAAUACUCAUUUUUGUCAUUAGCAGGUGCUCUUACUACCCAGAAUGACUUACGGUAAAUGCAUUGAAAUAAGGAAGCUGAAGCAACCUCAAUAGAAGCUAGUAACUGUUACUUCCCUUUGUUCUGAGUAGAACUUCCUCUAAUAAAGCUAGAUCAGCUUUAACUCAGCCAUGCAGUAAAACACUGAGUCAUGAAAUCAGGGUUUAACUGAGGAUUUCUCCUCAGGGUGUCCAACCACCCCAUAGGCCCAGGCUGUAGUUCAUAGGCCUAGUAGUAAAGGCUACACUAGUUAUUUGUGGGGAAGAAGAGACGCGACACCUGCCCAUUGAGAUAAAAGUUAUUUAAUAUGUUAAACAUUGACGGUUUGGCCAUGUCAGAAAACUCAUCUUUCAUCUCUAUCCCUCUCCUCUCUCUACAGAUGAUCUGGUUGUUGUUCUUGUUCAUAGUUCUGGGACUGACUGCGUCAAAGUUGUAAGUUUCACUCAUGAUGUCUUUCACUUAUAAUAUAUUUACUGCCUGUAGGUUAAGUUUACAGACUCUGUAUAAGACUGGGAAACAUGAGUUUCGUAACAGUCUCUAUCUCUCUCUCUGUACGCUGGCUGUAAAGAGAUAGGUGUUUGUGGUUGUGUUCCGUUGACUGCAGAGUUACAACAGCGUUAUCUCCAGCAGUUGAUAUGGUCACAUCCCACUGGGCACACACUGGUUGAAUUAACGUUGUUUCCAUGUAAUUUCAAUUAAAUUACGUUGAACCAACGUGGAAUAGACGUUGAAUUGACGUCUGUGCCCAGUGGGAUGGGCCUAGUCACUUGACCGCCGGAGAUGAGUGUGUCAUGAUUAAGGUUUCCUCUCAUGGAGAUGACACUUACUUUAAUGUUUGUGAUUUGAAUAUGUGACUGAUCACAUGUAUCACAGACAAAGCAAAUGUCCUCCAGACUGUGGUUACAACUGCGUGUAUUUGAAAAGUGAAAGCAGAAGCUGACUAGCAGUGAACAGAGCACUGUUUGGUUUAAAGUUAACUGCACAGUAAUUUGGACAGUGUUUGGACUCUGUGCAUGUUGGAGGGUGGGGGGUUCUAGGUUAGCUAUUGAUUGACUAAAGGUGCAUCUAUGUUUUUUCUAUAUUCAGCUUCUGUCCCAACCUCUCGGCCAUCUCCUCCACCCUUCGACUCACACACAACGUGGCUGUAUCCCUCUACAGGACACACGCACACACACACUGUAUCGCAUUUAACAUAUUUUCAUGAAGUUUUCUUUAAAUCUGCUUAAAUUAUCACCUCGUCUCACACACACACACACACAAACACAUUCACAAACAAACUCUACUCUAGCACCAGAAGUGUUUUCCCUAACAGUGUGUGUCAGGGUGUGACGUUCCUGGCGCUAGGUAACGGAGCCCCAGAUGUCUUCAGUGCCACUGUGGCCUUCUCCCAUCCACACACUGCUGGCCUGGCUAUAGGAGCACUGUUUGGUACGUACACACACACACACAACACCUUGCUAUAGAAGCACUGUUAAUUUAGAGUAGACCUUUAAUCCUUCUCACCCUCCGUCAAUAGGAGCAGGUAUCUUCGUAACCACUGUGGUUGCCGGGGCUGUGUCAUUGGUCAAGCCCUUCACUGUGGCGACCCGCCCCUUCCUGCGUGAUGUCAUCUUCUACAUGGCCGCUGUCUUCUGGACCUUCGUCAUCCUCUACAGAGGAACUAUAUCACUGGGCGAGACACUGGGUACACGCACACACACACACACACACACACACACACACACACACACACACACACACACACACACACACACACACACACAGAGUUGGGUUAGACUUCUUGGUUGUAGGAGUCAACAUUACCCUGGGAGCUACACAACACCAGACCUCUCUCUAUUUCAGGCUCAUCCAUCAGUCAUGCCUCUGUGUCCCUCAAGCUUGAACCCAGUCAAUAUAUUACAGACAUAGACACAGUGUUCAGUGAACUUCAGAAGUUAGGACUGUUUACACUGGGGUGAAUGGGGUGAAAUAAGAAUCACGUGUUUGUUUCUCUCUGUAGGGUACCUGGGGCUGUAUGUGGUGUAUGUGAUAACAGUCAUCGUGAGUGCCUACAUCUACAGUCAUCAGAAACACUCAGUGACCAGAAGUUCCAUCCAGAGCUCAACACAUGUACCAGGUAACACACACACACACAACACAACACACUCUGCAUUGUUGGGAAUGGCCCGUAAGUAAGCAUUUCACGGUUAGUCUACACCUGUAGUUUAUGAAGAAUGUGUCAAAUAACAUUUGAUUUAAUUUGACACACACACAGUGAGUGUGUCUGACAGUCUAUCUGUCUGCAGAGUUCCAGUCGUCUGAGUCCGAUGAUGAGGCGAUUCUUAUAUCUAAUAGCAGCAUCCAGGAGGACUAUGGUAACAACCACAAUCACUGUGUACUUUCUACUAAGUUAUUCCGCUGGGGUGUGCUACGAGAAUCAAUCCAGUCAAGUGUUUGUGUUUGUGCGUGUAUAGACAGUGAGUACUGUCCCCUGCUGCCCUACUGUGAAUCGACCAGUUCGAUCCUGUUGAGUUCUCUCAACCCGGUGGACAGAAGGAAAUGGAGGAGGAAGACCUGGUGCUGGAGGGCCAUCAAAAUACUAAAGGUGUGCAUGCAUGACUGUAUGUGUUUUUUUAUUUGCAGAUCUGAAUUUGUGUCUUUGCACUUUUCUAUUUGCAGAUCUGUAAAAAUUAGGGGUAAGUGUUAUGGGAAUAGACAGGGGUUGUAAACAGAGCUAGUGUUUUUGUUUGGACAGGAGCAUCAAUGUGUGCUUGAGUGUGUGGUUACUGAGCUGCAGUUUCUCCCCUGUCCACCAGACACCACUGGAGGUGCUCCUGCUGCUGACUGUUCCAGUGGUGGAUCCUGAUAAAGAAGACAGGAACUGGAGAAGACCAUUAAACUGCCUCCACCUCAUCACCGCACCACUGGUGUGUGUGCUCACCUUCCGCUCCGGAGAGUGUAAGUAUGCAUGCCUGUGCAUUAGUGAUGCGUGUAAGUAUGCAUGCCUGUGCAUUAGUGAUGCGUGUAAGUAUGCAUGCCUGUGCAUUAGUGAUGCGUGUAAGUAUGCAUGCCUGUGCAUUAGUGAUGCGCGGGUUGACUCAUUAUCUGCUGCCCGGGUGGGUUUAGGGUCAUUACAUAUUGUGUGGAGGAAGGGCGAGCGGGUUGAAUAAAGAUAAAACAAUUCCUUAUUUAUAUCUAUAGGCUACAUUUAGCCUAAAAUAAAUAAAGAAUAACCUAUCUGGCAUUAGCUUUACGCCUCGAUCAAACUGACAGCGUCAUUGUGUUUUGGUACACCAGAAGUACAUUCAUUUCCAAUGGAACGCUGUGUUUGCCUUGCAGCAUUGCGUUGCAGAGGCAGUUGCAGUGCGUUCUGUGUGGUGCAUAUGUUGGAUUUAUCGAACGUAUGCGUCAAACUGUAUGUGUAGACAGCUUGACAGAAAUGGUAGCAGAAGGUGAAUGUUGAACUUUGGAUGCACACAUAUCCAGAUGAUGCUGCAUAACAUUUUGCGCAAUGACGCUGUCGGUAUGAUCAAGGCGUUCGGGCCUAACUGUAGACAUGCCAAUCGGCAAAUGCUUUUGCGAACGGGCAGAAAAAGUUAAUGUCAAUCCACCGAGGCAGAGUUUAAUUAAGAGAAAAGCUGCGAAAUGGAGAGUUGAAAAUAAAGAGAAGGGAGGGCCAGAAAAGUCAUGUUUGGGAAAGAUUUGGUGAAGUGUUAAAAGAGGAUAUAAUAUAAUAUGCCAUUUAGCAGACGCUUUUAUCCAAAGCGACUUAGUCAUGCGUGCAUACAUUUUUACAUAUGGGUGGUCCCGGGGAUCGAACACACUACCCUGGCGUUACAAGCGCCAUGCUCUACCAAUUGAGCUACAGAGGACCACCAGGAUGAUAGUAGUGCCGGCUAUGUUAUGUGUAAUGAUUGUGAGGCGCUAUACAAAUUUGAAAGACUGAGACUUCAAAUAGACCUAUGGCACGCCAAGGGAACUGGACACUGACUGUAGGUCUUUAACCUCUUACAUAGCCUUUAAUAUUAACAGAAUUAAGCAUUUCAUGCAGUAAAAUUAUACACCAAAUGUAGGAAAAAUGUGGACUAGGGAACAGGAGUGGAGAAAUAUGAUUUAUUUAUUUCAGCAUCUUGAGAGAAUGUGAAUGCGCAGUUAGAUACAGUCUGUAGAGCACAGGAUGUUGGUGGCACCUUAAUUGAGGAGGACAGGCUCGUGGUAUAGGCUGGAGUGGAAUUGGUGCAAUAGUAUAAAAUACAUCAAACACAUGGUUUCCAGGUGUUUGAUGCCAUUCCAUUUGCUCCGUUCCAGCCAUUAUUAUGAGCCAUCCUCCCCUCAGCAGCCUCCACUGCUGUAGAGGUGAUAUCUUUAUCAGUAUCAUAAAAGCUGAUUAGUAUUUUAACCACAUAAAAUAUGCAUCCAAGCCGAACUGAAAUCUUAUUAGAAACAUGUUGGGUCGUUUUCACAGCUUUCUAUUUCCUUACAACCGGUCAAACUGAUGUCAUUUGGAAAUUUUGCACAGAAAAUCUUUCGUUUUUUGGAGUUAAUGUAUUUUCUCCCCGGUCCCUAAACAUCUUUGCUCCACGAAAGAAUCAGAGAUGACAGAGAAAACGUUGUCAACUAGAUUGAAGCAUUCGUUCUAUCGAUUUUAUGACAUUCUUCUGGUGAGCAAGGGCUUAUUUAGUCUUCUAGGGCAACAUAUAAUGACAGAAGAGAAGCUGCAUGUACAGUGCCUUCGGAAAGUAUUCAGACCCCUUUACUUUUUCCAAAUUUUGUUAGGUUACAGCCUUAUUCUAAAGUUGAUUAAAUUGUUUUUUUUCCCCCUCAUCAAUCUAUGACAAAGCAAAAACCGUUUUUUUGAAAUGUUUGGUAAUUUAUUAAAAAAAAAGAAGAAAAUGUCACAUUUAUAUAACUAUUCAGACCCUUUACUCAGUACUUUGUUGAAGCACCUUUGGCAGCAAUUACAGCCUCGAGACUUCUUGGGUAUGACGCUACAAGCUUGGCACACCUGUAUUUGGGGACAUUCAGAUACUUGUCCCGAAGCCACUCCUGCGUUGUCUUGGCUGUGUGCUUAGGGUCAUUGUCCUUAGAGAAUGUUGUUUCUCAUGGUCUGAGAGUCUUUAGGUGUCUUUUAGCAAACUCCAUGCUGGCUGUCAGGUGCUUUUUACUGAGGAGUGGCAUCCGUCUGGCCACUCUACCAUAAAGGCCUGAUUGGUGGAGUGCUGCAGAGAUGGUUGUCCUUCUGGAAGGUUCUCCCAUCUCUACAGAGGAACUCUAGAGCUCUGUCAGUGACCAUCGGGUUCUUGGUCACCUCCCUGACCAAGGCCCUUCUCCCCCGAUUGCUCAGUGUGGCCGGGCGGCCAGCUCUACGAAGAGUCUUGGUGGUUCCAAACUUCUUCCAUUUAAGAAUGAUGGAGGCCACUGUGUUCUUGGGGACCUUCUAUGCUGCAGAAAUUUGUUGGUACCCUUCCCCAGAUCUGUGCCUCGACAUAAUCCUGUCUCGGAGCUCUACGGACAAUUCCUUCGACUUCAUGGCUUGGUUUUUGCUCUGACAUGCACUGUCAACUGUGGGACCUUAUACAGUGAAGGAAAAAAGUAUUUGAUCCCCUGCUGAUUUUGUACGUUUGCCCACUGACAAAGAAAUUAUCAGUCUAUAAUUUUAAUGGUAGGUUUAUUUGAACAGUGAGAGACAGAAUAACAACAAAAAAAUCCAGAAAAACACAUGUCAAAAAUGUUAUAAAUUGAUUUGCAUUUUUAAUGAGGGAAAUAAGUAUUUGACCCCCUCUCAAUCAGAAAGAUUUCUGGCUCCCAGGUGUCUUUUAUACAGGUAACGAGCUGAGAUUAGGAGCACACUCUUAAAGGGAGUGCUCCUAAUCUCAGUUUGUUACCUGUAUAAAAGACACCUGUCCACAGAAGCAAUCAAUCAAUCAAUCAGAUUCCAAACUCUCCACCAUGGCCAAGACCAAAGAGCUCUCCAAGGAUGUCAGGGACAAGAUUGUAGACCUACACAAGGCUGGAAUGGGCUACAAGACCAUCGCCAAGCAGCUUGGUGAGAAGGUGACAACAGUUGGUACGAUUAUUCGCAAAUGGAAGAAACACAAAAGAACUGUCAAUCUCCCUCGGCCUGGGGCUCCAUGCAAGAUCUCACCUCGUGGAGCUGCAAUGAUCAUGAGAACGGUGAGGAAUCAGCCAGAACUACACGGGAGGAUCUUGUCAAUGAUCUCAAGGCAGCUGGGACCAUAGUCACCAAGAAAACAAUUGGUAACACACUACGCCGUGAAGAACUGAAAUCCUGCAGCGCCCGCAAGGUCCCCCUGCUCAAGAAAGCACAUAUACAGGCCCGUCUGAAGUUUGCCAAUGAACAUCUGAAUGAUUCAGAGGAGAACUGGGUGAAAGUGUUGUGGUCAGAUGAGACCAAAAUCGAGCUCUUUGGCAUCAACUCAACUCGCCGUGUUUGGAGGAGGAGGAAUGCUGCCUAUGACCCCAAGAACACCAUCCCCACCGUCAAACAUGGAGGUGGAAACAUUAUGCUUUGGGGGUGUUUUUCUGCUAAGGGGACAGGACAACUUCACCGCAUCAAAGGGACGAUGGACGGGGCCAUGUACCGUCAAAUCUUGGGUGAGAACCUCCUUCCCUCAGCCAGGUUAUUGAAAAUGGGUCGUGGAUGGGUAUUCCAGCAUGACAAUGACCCAAAACACACGGCCAAGGCAACAAAGGAGUGGCUCAAGAAGAAGCACAUUAAGGUCCUGGAGUGGCCUAGCCAGUCUCCAGACCUUAAUCCCAUAGAAAAUCUGUGGAGGGAGCUGAAGUUUCGAGUUGCCAAACGUCAGCCUCGAAACCUUAAUGACUUGGAGAAGAUCUGCAAAGAGAAGUGGGACAAAAUCCCUCCUGAGAUGUGUGCAAACCUGGUGGCCAACUACAAGAAACGUCUGACUUCUGUGAUUGCCAACAAGGGUUUUGCCACCAAGUACUAAGUCAUGUUUUGCAGAGGGGUCAAAUACUUAUUUCCCUCAUUAAAAUGCAAAUCAAUUUAUAACAUUUUUGACAUGCAUUUUUCUGGAUUUUUUUGUUGUUAUUCUGUCUCUCACUGUUCAAAUAAACCUACCAUUAAAAUUAUAGACUGAUCAUUUCUUUGUCAGUGGGCAAAUGUACAAAAUCAGCAGGGGAUCAAAUACUUUUUUCCCUCACUGUAUAGACAGGUGUGUGCCUUUCCAAAUCAUGUCCAAUCAAUUGAAUUGACCACAGGUGGACUCCAAUCAAGUUGUAGAAACAUCUCAAGGAUGAUCAAUGGAAACAGGAUGCACCUGAGCUCAAUUUCGAGUCUCAUAGUAAAGGGUCUGAAUACUUAUGUAAAUAAGGUAUUUCUGUAUUUAUUUGUAAAUACAUUUGCAAAAAUAUCUAAAAACCUGUUUGCUUUGUCAUUAUAGGGUAUUGUGUGUAGAUUGCUGAGGAAUUUUAUUUAUUUAAUACAUUUUAGAUAUGGCUGUAACGUAACAAUGUGGAAAAAGUAAAGGGGUCUGAAUACUUUCCGAAGGCACUGUAUAUAAUUAUAGACAAGUUGACUAACAAAUAGCCUACAGGCAAAUAAAUCCUGCACCCCCUGUCAAAAAAUCGUUACACCAUUUCUGACUGUAGCCUACAGCGCAUUUUCUAUAUUAGCUGGUUAGGGUUGGGUGCGGACCUCAGAUAUUCACUUUAUCACAUAUAGUCUGGCGGUUGCGGAUGGGUUAUUAGCAAUUGCGGGCGGGUGCAGGUGAACAAACAGAUGACCUGUGCAACACUUCUGUGUAUGGGUGUGUGGUCAAAGAACCUCAAUCUCUUAUUCCGUAAAAUGUAACAUCCUCUCCAGAAGAAGUGUGCUAACCGACUGGACUGGUGUCUCUUUCUCGCUCUAGACGGUUUGUAUCGGAUCGAGGGUCAGUUUCCUGUCUGGGCGUUGAUGUUGCUCUUUGGCCUCUUCCUCUCCGCCAUAGUCUUCCUCACCACCACCAACGACCACCCCCCGCCAUACCACACAGUAAGAACACAUACAUAGACACAUGCAUUCUCACCAUAGCUGUUGUUGUCUCUGCUAGGUGUUGUGGUGAGUGUGUAUGAUGUGUUUGGGUUUUCUCCAUAGCUGUUCUCUCUGCUGGGCUUUGUGGUGAGUGCAAUAUGGAUCAGUGCUGCGGCCUUGGAGGUGGUCAGUAUCCUGCACAUGCUCGGUGUGGUCCUUAGUCUGUCCAACAAUUUACUGGGUCUCACACUGCUGGCUUGGGGAAACAGCAUAGGGGGUGAGACACAUACACACAAACUGAGGUUAUCUGCGCUCACCUACUAAUCAUUCAACAGAAGACAGACUGACUGCUUGCUUGCUGUAGUGUUGAAUCUGUUUGUUUCCAGAUAGUUUUUCUGACGUCACCAUCGCUCGCCAGGGCUACCCUCGGAUGGCAAUAUCAGCCUGCUUUGGGGGAAUCAUCUUUAGUAUCCUUUUGUGUGUCUGCUGGACAUGUUUGUGCAAGCAUAAUGCGAGUGUGUGUGUGUGUGUGUUGUUUAUGGCUGUGAAUGUGUGUACCUGUGCUACGUGUAUGCAUCAUGUUUCUGUCCUUGACCAUGUUCCUCUCAAGACAUGCUGAUUGGAUUGGGCAUUGGCUGUCUGAUGCAGAUGUUUAACAACAAGCCUGUGGUGACGGUACGUCUGCUCUUAGCUUCAAUAGAUAUGAGCUGAGUUUGUCAUUGGGUGUCAUAAACAUUUUGUAGAGAGGUAGUGACCAGAGAAAUGUCUUUGUCUGAAGCGCAUAGGACAGUUUUAUCAGGAAAUAAAUGAAAAUGUUUAACAAUGAGAGAAUAGCAGCGGUCCCAGUAUUGAACUGUGCGACACUUUUUUCAGUUUCCACAUGAUAUGACUGGUACUACCCUAUUGCAAACCCCCCCCCCUCCCCCUCCCUCCCUCCUCUCCUCUCUCCUCUCUCUAACCCCCACCCCCCAGUUUGAACCAGCGGGUUUGUUGACCUGGGUUCUAGCAGGUUCUCUGGGUCUCUCUCUGGUCCUCUCCUUCGUCCUAGUUCCUCUGCGCUGUUUCCACAUGGGCCGGUCCUACGGAAUCUUCCUCCUGCUCUUCUACGCGGUCUUCCUCCUGGUUGCGCUGCUCACUGAGUUUGGGUUUAUCCACACCUGAAGCCUGUAAGGGAUGGUUUGGACCAGUCUGGUGGAGCCGCCUGUGAGUACUGACAAGACGGUCCGAGACCUGAGUGACUUCCCUCCUCCUGGGAGAAAUGGUGUUACAGCCAAUAACACUGUGCCUUAACUGAGUUGGAGCCAAUCACCCUGUGGCUUUACUUUUGUCUGUUUGCACUGACUGUAUUUUUAUAUUUAGAUCGCCAUUAGGUGUUACAUGAGCAACAGCUACUCUUCCUGGGGUCCACAC